UUCCCACUUUUACGCAAUCCUCCCAAUAUCCGACAACCCGUCAAAACUGAAGAAUACAGGAAAUUUCGCAUGGACGGUAUUCUCGCAGGAAUUGUUGGCAACAUCUUAUACAUCAUAGAAGGCCAUCCUAAAUACCAUUUCGUUUAUAUUGGUUAGAGAUAUUUAUGCCAUAAAGAAGCAAGAGAGAGAGAAAAAAGGGGGGAAACUUAUAUUUCUUGUUUGAAGAUAGAUGGCUGCGAUUGGAUUGCUGGUCUCGGAUUUCAUAAUCUCUUUCAUGUGGGUAUGGUCAGGAAUUCUGAUUAAGAUCUUUGUGUACAAGAUUUUGGGGCUGGGCCAUGAACCCUGCGGCGAGGUUAUCCAGUGCGUGCUGUCCAUCAUCAACAUGUUCUUCUUCGCGUUCUUGGGUAACAUUACCGAAGGCGGGGCAUACAAUCCUCUCAACGUGUUGGCUAGUGCCAUUUCUGGGAAUUUCAGCAGCUUCCUCUUCGGCGUUGGUGCUAGAAUCCCAUCUCAGGUUAUUGGAUCAAUUACUGGGGUUAAGCUCAUAAUCGAGACCUUUCCUGAAAUAGGACUUGGGCCACGCUUAAAUAUUGACAUCCAUCGGGGUGCACUGACAGAAGGAUUCCUUGCAUUUGCAAUUGUUAUAAUCUCACUUGGUCUGGCCACAAAAAUCCCUGGAAGUUUCUUCAUGAAGACUUGGAUCUCAAGUGUCUCCAAGUUAACUCUUCAUAUACUCGGCUCUGAUCUGACUGGUGGAUGCAUGAACCCAGCUGCUGUGAUGGGAUGGGCUUAUGCUCGUGGGGAUCAUAUAACCAAGGAGCAUGUACUUGUAUACUGGCUUGCUCCGAUAGAGGCAACCCUACUGGCGGUGUGGAUAUUUAGGUUGUUAGUACGGCCAAUGAAAGAGGAGAAAGCAAACACGAAGAGUAAAUCAGAAUGAGAGUUCUACAUGCUCUUCAAAAGCUUGGUUGGAUGAUCCAAUCAGCUAGCAUUUGAAUUGCUAAGAAAGGGUGAACUUGAACACCAUUAGACUUGAAGGAAUCAGUAUUUUUGUAUAUAAAUUCCUUCAGGUCAUUAAUUUCUAAUUAUAUUUCAGGAGUAGAUUAACCAAUCCUUCCUCCCAACUCCCAAAUGUGCUGAUGAGGGAGAAGAUGACCACAAAAUAAAUCCGAGCCUGAUUAGAUUUUUCCUCCUGUACCUAGUAAAAGAAAUGAGCCUCACGUUAGAUUUUGCAGCCUCAGUAGCUACUAGCAUCUUUAGUUACUGAAUGUGAUAGACAAUCAUGUAAAGAAUGUGAUCAAUGAAAUCGUAACCAUUCCUGUUA